CAGCCUGUUCCGUGUGGCCCCCCCAUCCAGCGUACAGUGCAGAAAAACGCCAAGUACAUCUGCCUGGCUAACAAGGACUGCCCUGUGGACAAGAGACGGCGAAAUCGCUGCCAGUUCUGCCGCUUCCAGAAGUGCCUGGCCGUCGGCAUGGUGAAGGAAGUUGUCCGGACAGACAGCCUGAAGGGGCGGCGGGGUCGGCUCCCUUCAAAGCCCAAGCAGCCCCCGGAUGCCUCUCCUGCCAAUCUCCUCACUUCCCUGGUCAGGGCACACCUGGACUCUGGGCCCAGCACAGCCAAACUGGACUACUCCAAGUUCCAGGAGCUGGUGCUGCCCCACUUUGGGAAGGAAGAUGCCGGGGACGUGCAGCAGUUCUACGACCUGCUUUCGGGUUCCCUGGAGGUGAUCCGCAAGUGGGCUGAGAAGAUCCCUGGCUUUGCUGAGCUGUCCCCAGGCGACCAGGACCUGCUGCUGGAGUCGGCCUUCCUGGAGCUCUUCAUCCUCCGCCUGGCCUACCAGUCAAAGCCGGCCGAGGGGAAGCUCAUCUUCUGCUCCGGCCUGGUGCUGCAUCGGCUGCAGUGUGCCCACGGCUUUGGCGACUGGAUCGACAGCAUUCUGGCCUUCUCUCGGUCCCUGCACGGCUUGGUGGUCGACGUCCCUGCCUUCGCCUGCCUCUCUGCGCUCGUUCUCAUCACAGACCGGCACGGGCUGCAGGAGCCUCGGCGGGUGGAGGAACUGCAAAAUCGCAUCGCCAGCUGCCUGAAGGAGCACGUCUCGGCCGUGGCGGGCGAGCCCCAGCCAGCCAGCCGCCUGUCCCGCCUGCUGGGCAAGCUGCCCGAGCUGCGGACCCUGUGCACCCAGGGCCUGCAACGCAUCUUCUACCUCAAGCUGGAGGACUUGGUGCCCCCUCCACCCAUCGUUGACAAGAUCUUCAUGGACACGCUGCCCUUCUGACCCCAGCCCGGGAACACGCGUACGCUGUGUGCGCACGCUCAUUCGCCACCCCACGUGCCUUUAGCCCAUGGCCCACGGACCCUCGGAGCACCCGCUCCCUGGCCUGGGCUUGAGCUGCAGACCCGCCGGCCGCCCCACUUGGGCUGGGUGGUUGGCAGGGAGCAUCACCCGCCCCGGGGGAGGGGAUGCAUUCACGGGGGUGACCCCUACUAUUUGUCUUACCCCCCCAACCCGGCCCUGGCCUUCAUGUUUUUGUAAGAUAAACCGUUUUUAACACACACCGCUGUGCUGUAAAUAAGCCAGAUGCUGCUGUAAAUAUAGGAAGGAAGAGGCUGGGAUGGGAGUGGGGGUUGGGAGGGAGGGGCGGCCCCCACCAGCCCAGGCAAGCCUUUCCCGCCUCCUUGCACCUGCUCUCUCUUCCCGCCCUCUUUCCACAUGUACAUAACCUUACUCUAGGAAGGAGACAAAUGACAGAUUCUGACAUUUAUAUUUGUGUAUUUUCCUGGAUUUAUAGUAUGUGACUUUUCUGAUUAAUAUAUUUAAUAUAUUGAAUAAAAAAUAGGCCUGUAGCUGAAA